GCAGGGAGUGUGUCUCGGUGCAAAGAGGGGAAAAAAGAGCUGAGCGCAGUUAUAUGCCCCUCUCCUGAUGCUGGAGCUUACUUGCACUGAAACACUUCAACCAAACAUUGUUCGUACACAGCAAGGACUCAGCAUUCUACCUCAGUGUUUAGAGAAUGAGCUGCUAAUACCUCAAGAGGUUACACUGCACUUCUAAUAAUCCAAAGUUCAGAAAAGCCUUUGGAAUUUCAGAGGCGAUUACACACUUUGACAGGCUGCAGCAACGAAACGACUUUCACUUCUUCUUGAUUUUUUGGCUUUUUAGUUUUUUUUUGUUUUUUGUUUUUUUUUAAUAGGACUCUCUCUCUGGGACACUUUGCCAGGAUUUUAAUUGAAUUGAUUGUAUAAUGUCUUAAUUGUUUUAAUGAAGGUGCUACACUUUUUGAGAAAGCAUUCUCAUUGGAUUUUGCACAUAUUUUAUAUAAUAAGAGACGACUAAUUCAGUGGUAUUUUCACAGGUGCUAGAGCAACAUAUUCUCCAAAUAUUUUAAAGGAACAUACCAACAGCAGGAUCUAGUGCCAUUAACAUUAAGUGACCCUCUGGAGACUGUCUGCGCAAAACUAUGCCGUUUGGUGACCUCCUAGAGCAGGUGGGCAGCACAGGACGCUUCCAGAUCCUACAUGUGACCCUCCUCUGCAUACCUGUUCUGAUGAUGGCCAGUCAUAACCUGCUGCAGAACUUUGUGGCCGCUGUGCCUUCUCACUACUGCAGCGCGCACACAAACCUCUCUCAGACCCAGCUGAGCCUGGAAGAGAUGCUGCUGAUAACGGUGCCGUUAGACCAGGCGGGGAAACCGCAGAGGUGCCAGCGUUACGUUGCUCCACAGUGGCACCUCCUGGCUAAGAACGGGACCUCCGGUUCAAGAGAACUGGAAGACACAGAUGAUGGUUUGGAUGUUAACCUGCAGGGAUGCACAGACGGAUGGUCCUAUAACAUGACAGCGAUGACCUCCACAAUCAUAUCUGAUUGGCAUUUGGUGUGUGAUCUGCGAUCUUUGAAGCAAAUGUCACAAACCGUCUACAUGGGAGGUGUGCUUGUGGGAGCUCUUGUCUUUGGAGGUCUUUCAGACAGAUAUGGUCGACGCAUCCUCCUGCUCAUUUCUAACCUGCUGAUGGCAGUGGCAGGAACAUGUGCUGCUUUCUCGCCCUCCUUCUCCCUCUUCUGCCUGUCCCGGUUUGGUUGUGGCAUGGCUCUGUCUGGCCUAGGACUCAACACAUUCUCGCUCAUUGUGGAGUGGAUCCCCACUCGGGUGCGGACUGUGGUGGGAACAAUAACAGGUUACUGUUACACAGUGGGACAGCUGAUCCUGGCGGUAAUAGCCUACUUCAUCCGGGACUGGAGGUGGUUAACCCUGGCUGUGUCUUUGCCCUUCUAUGUCUUCUUCCUUUACUCAUGGUGGUUUCAUGAAUCUUCAAGAUGGUUAGUCCUGAGUAAUAAGUCUGACCAAGCCAUCAAGAACCUUAAAAGCGUGGCCAAAUUUAAUGGACGCCGCGAAGAGGGAGAAAAAAUCGACAUUAAAAUGCUGCAAGAGUCCAUGAAGAAAGAGAUGUCGUGUUCUCAGGGCUCCUACUCUGUCCUGGAUCUGUUCCGCACACCCACAAUGAGGACAAUGACAGUCUGCCUCAGUGCUGUCUGGUUAUCAACCAGCUUUGCCUACUAUGGCCUUGCUAUGGAUCUGCAGAAGUUUGGGGUAGACAUCUAUUUAAUCCAAGUGAUCUUCGGAGCCGUUGACAUCCCUGCUAAAGUUGUCAUAACUGUGUCAAUGAGUUUUAUUGGACGGCGUCCAUCGCAGUGUGGUGCCCUCAUUAUCGCUGGAGUCACUAUUUUGAUCAACGUACUGGUACCUUAUGAUAAACAGACUGUACGCACCUGUCUGGCUGUUGUGGGUAAAGGUUGCCUUGCUGCGUCCUUCAACUGCUGUUACCUUUACUCCGGAGAACUGUACCCAACCAUCAUUCGUCAGAAUGGCAUGGGCUGGGUAUCCAUGAUGGCUCGUAUAGGAGCCAUGGUGGCCCCCAUGGUGCUCCUCGCGGGGGACUACAUACCCUGGCUACCGGGUUUAAUCUACGGAGGCGCUCUGAUCCUCAGCGGGGUGGCUGGAAUAUUUCUUCCAGAAACACUCGGCUCACCCCUUCCUGACACAAUACAAGACGUGGAGGACAGGGGAUCUGGGAGAAAAUCCAAAAUGUCACCAAAGGAAGCAAUAAUCUUGCAAGACACCCAGUCGAAUCUCCUAAAGCAGGCUGCCUGAGGACAUCUGUAUUAUAUCCUGAUGUUUUUGCUGACACCUUAAUGAAAGUAGAGUGGGUACUGCUUUUUCUCCGGCCUGUUUAUUUGUUUGAUUUCCAUGAAGAGUAUAUUGUGUCUUAUGACUGCUGGACAAUUGGAGUUGCAAUGUUAUUUUUGGACAGGUCAAUACAGUGAAAUGACUAGCUGAAAACAAUCAGACCUAUGUUUAUUUGUUAUACAGUAGCUUUGAGGACUUUAGUCUCACUUUGGACCAAUUAUGUUUUAUAUUUAAAGUAUCUGUGUUAAAAAAAAAAGAAUCAUUUCUAUAUAUAAUUCUUCUGCAGGUUAAAGAUUAUGCUCUGCUUUUACUGGUGUUUUUGUAACUUCUUAUUACUUUAUAUACAACCCUCCAUUUGUAAACAAAAAUGUAUUUUCAUUAAAAUCACCUAUUCAUUUGUG